AUGGGUGGCCAAGGAAGAGAGGGCGGAAAGGCAAAGCCUCUGAAAGCCCCCAAAAAGGAAAAGAAAGAGCUGGAUGAGGAAGAUCUUGCAUUCAAGGAGAAGCAGCGAGCAGAUGCCAAAGCCAAAAAAGAAUUAGCAGAAAAGGCAAAGGGGAAAGGCCCCCUGAACUCUGGACAGCAAGGGAUCAAGAAUUACACUCGACCCAAGCGAGCAAUUUUUGGGAAAGCCAAUCGGGGUCGUGGUCAGGUUAACGCAACAACUCCCGCAGUUACGAAUACACGAAGGAAUGCAAGAUUUGUGGAAAUGAUGAAUGGCGAGAAGGCGUCUACUGCAUUCGUGGAAAUACCCCAAACACCCCGUCCGAUACUGUACAGUUCUGACGAUAAAGGUUCUAUUUUUGUGAGGGUAGUUUAG